CCUUCGUCAACGUGAUCGCGUCAGGACAGUUCAAUGAGGAUAUGAUCCCCACCGUGGGUUUCAACAUGCGCAAAAUCACCAAAGGGAAUGUGACCAUCAAGCUCUGGGACAUUGGGGGACAGCCGCGUUUCCGCAGCAUGUGGGAGCGUUACUGCCGAGGAGUGAGCGCCAUCGUGUACAUGGUGGAUGCUGCUGACCAGGAGAAGAUUGAGGCCUCCAAGAAUGAGCUCCACAACCUACUGGACAAACCUCAGCUUCAGGGCAUCCCGGUCUUAGUCCUGGGUAACAAGCGAGACCUCCCAGGAGCGCUGGAUGAGAAGGAGCUGAUUGAGAAAAUGAAUCUGUCUGCCAUCCAGGACCGAGAGAUCUGCUGCUACUCCAUCUCCUGCAAAGAAAAGGACAACAUUGACAUCACCCUACAGUGGCUUAUUCAACACUCAAAGUCACGGAGAAGCUGAGACCGCGGCCCAUCUCCCUCGGACCAGGGACCGAUGUCAUCCAAACCCGAAGCCGAGCUCCCCGCCCACCCC